CUAAAAUGGCGCUGUGGCUCAAAAGACGACAGCAGCUGUCAAAGUUUUGAAAAUUUCGGUGGGAACUAUGUGUUAAUGGAGAAGGCUAAAACAGUGUGAACCCAGAAUAGUCAGCGUUACAUAUAGUGGAUAGAUGAGCAUGGAAAUACAAAGCCUACCCACAAACUGUGCAACUUCAGCUAGAUUUUCCUUUUCGUGUGAUUCCUUGAGCCACAACAAGCCAGUUGGACUACCAGAUAUACAAGAUUUCUCUAGUCCCCCUGACUGCAGCCAGUCCAGUGUCCAUGUAGAGAUGGCCAUGACAGAAACUGAAGAGAGCGAGUCAAGAAUGGAGACUGACUCCACAGUGGAGGAACCAGAGGUAGAAACUGAGACUGAGAGUCUGGGAGAGUCAGACAAACCCCCGUCCUCUCAACCGUCUGACCAGGCCAUGAGUAUACCGGAGCUGAUCCCUGCCCCGGUCACAGCGCAAGACGAACGGUCCCAGCCCUGUGCUGAGGAGGCAGACACAGGCAUUACCCCCAUUGCUCCAGGAGAGGAUCUGGGGCCUGUGCCAGACCUUGUCCCAGACUCUGACAUUCUCAACAGUGGUAAGAGCAGUCCCAUGCAAAAGAACAAACGUAAGCGCACGCUAGAGGACAUAGUGCGUCAGAUGAAAGAAGAGACCCCUCAAGAUGGGGAGGACAGCAAUGAUACCUUCAACGAGGAAGACAUGCUAAACCGCCUGGAUAAAUCUCCAGGUACAGAUGAACCUUCAGAGCUCGACAGUAGCAUGUCCCAGUCUGGAGAACCUGUUGCCAAAGAUUUCCUGGGAUCCAAUAUUGGUGAGAAGAUCCCAGUUAGUUCUUCCCUGUUGCCAAGCUUAAGUCACCAAGCCCAGCUGCUGGCAUCCUCCAUCAAAGAUGACCCCUCCCUGAGUCAGUUCCUCCCCCCAGGGAUCCUCCCCUCUCAGAUUAAUCCUUACCUGUUCCCCUACAGCAUGAGCGGCCUGGCUCCCUCUCCCUUCCUACCCAGUCACAUGGAUCAGAACGGACUGGUAUCCAAGAUCUUCCCCAUGGUGGGCAGCCCAUUUGGAGCCCCAGAAUCUGAAAAAGAUUAUCUAAAGUGCCAAUUUUGUGAAAGGACAUUCCGCCGUCAGAAGAACUUGGAAAACCACAUUGAGAAUGCACACCAAGGCAAAGCAAAAACAAAGCGAAGGUCAGAGGGAAAUCAAGGGGACAUGUACUUCAAGUGUACUCAUUGCCCUUACACCACUAAACACCAAAGUAACCUGUACGUCCACCUACGGAUACACACAGGUGAGCGCCCCUAUAUAUGUGGAGCCUGCGGUGUACAGUACAGCCAGAGUCAUAGCCUGAAGAGUCAUAUCAUUAACAAACACGAUGGCAUGAUGACAUAUUACAUCAAAGAGAAGCGCACCCGGUCCCCAAGGGGCAUGGGCUACCUUACCACACAGUCUCCUCAAGAGAUGCGCUACCCUGUUCCAACCAAUUCCCUGCUGGCUAUCCAGCAGUCCCCAGAUGUUACCGUUCGUACCCCGGAUCGUGGACCAGCUGGUCAGAUGGCCAGGGAACAACUGCUGAAGCAAGAACAACCAACUCCGGAGUUCCUUCGCAAUGGACACGGUGUGCGACAUCUGUCAGGAAGUGAAAAGCCGGCAAUUGGUCACCAUACACCCAAUGGCUGGCAGCAAAGAGAGGUCUUCCCUAAUACCCCAAAGGAGGAAGUGUCCCGCGAAAGUGGUGGAGCAAUGGACCUGACCAAAAAACCAAUCAAGGGAGGCUCCAAAUUUGAUGACGAGCUUCAGAAGACUGUGGCAAUGUGUCUACAGAACGGCAACAACAACAACUGUAACCAUGCCUGGAAACUGAAAGCCCUGCGUAGGAAUGUCCUCCGUAUGCUGAGUAUACUUGUGCCUAACCUCAAUUUUGAGGAGAAAGGUAUCAGCGCCGAGGGGGAUUCCAUUGAUGAGCUUCUGCAAGAUGUCAUCGAGAGCAACACACAAGAGCCAGCCGCAGACGAGUAAGGUUAUACCAAGUCCUCCAUCUCUGGUGACAUAGGUACACAAAACAGUAUUCUAAGUUUUUGUCAGGUUUAGAUGAACUUUUUAAACAAGACGAUAAAAUUG